AUGAUGCGGGCUCUCCUGAGCCACCUGUGGCGAUGCCGCCUUCUCCAAGCUUCGGGGGCGGCGACAGAGUUGAGUCUGUUGGUGGUGCCAAGCCUGGCAGUGCUAGUGAUGAUCCUGGCCGUGAGUUUUUUGACAAGGAUGCGAGCGGUGCCGGAAAAGGGCAUCAAGCGAGCGGGUCCACUCGAGUGGAAAGAUGGGGAUCGUGCCCCGCCGCCGGGGAAUGGCGGUCAGGCGCGAGCAGGAGAUGAUGGUGGAGGUCGCCAGUCCCACGCCGGAGACAACGACCGAUCCCUGGCAGCGGAGAGUGGAGGCGAGAUUGGGACGCUGAUCAACGAGGUGACGGCUACUGGGCCGACGGACGUGAUGGAGGACCUCGCGGACGCGAUCAGGGAGGCCAGCGAGGCGAUCCCUGGGCGGAUGGUCGAGACCGCGGACCGCGUGGCCCAGAUUCGGGAGUGCUUGGAGGCGCUCCGUGGGCGGAUGGUCGAGACCUUGGUCUUCGGUUACAUGAUCAGGGAGACCUUUGCCGCUGGAGUGAUGGUCGUCAUCUUCGAUUACCCGAUCAGGGAGACCUAUGCCGCUGGAACGACAGCCGAGAUCGUGGCCCGUGGGCUCCUGAGCAGAUCAACCUGUCGUGCAGGUGGAACGACGGACACGGUGGGGUGUCCGACUACGGCGGCCGAUCCGACAGCUGGCCCCAUGACAAUGGUGGGUCACAAAGUGGAUGGCGAGGUUGGGACGAUGAUCAAGGCCGCGGCUCCCGUCCCACCGAGAAGGGAGUACAACACGGAGUACGACAGACUUCACGGCCGCCUCAGGGAGGUCGGGUGCUCGCUUCCUGAAGAGUGCUCGGCAUGGCUUUAUUUGGACCGCCUUCAGUUGGAUGAGCCCCAAGAACUUAACCUCCUGGCCAGUGUUGGAAACCGGCGCACCAACUACACCCACAUGACGGACCACGACCUCGAGAGCGACGAGGAGGACUUGCUGAACGGCGAGGAGGGCAUCCCAGAGGAUGUGGCGGAGGCCUACGUGACUUACCAGUCCGCCAAAGACCGGUACCGCGCCCAGCAGCGCGGAAGGGGAACGACCGGCGACAAAGGUGGAAGCCCUGAUGGCCAGCCAGCGGGAGGACCAGAACGGCGACCCGGGGAGAAGCGCAACUCGGAGCACGAGUCGAGGAUCAAGGCCAUGAAGGCAAAGAGCUUUUGCAGUGGAUGUGGCCGCAAAGGCCACUGGCACAAGGAUGAUGCGUGCCCUUUGAACAAGGGCGAGAGCGCUGCGAAGGGCGAGACCGGGGCGAGCGUGGCCAUGACGACGGUGCUCCCGGCGGACGUCUUUGCCUUAAAGCACGUUCCGAACAUGUUGCUCGGGGUGGCGGACACGGCGUGUGCCCGAACGGUGGCGGGAACCCAGUGGCUCCAGUCCUACACGAACCUGCUGGAGGAGUUCGGGCGGAAGCCGGUGCUACAGAAAGAGUGCGAGGCCCACCGGUUCGGGACGGGAAAGGUCCAUUAUAGCUCUUUCUAUGUGAUCGUGGCCUUCAGACUUGGGGGUUUCAACAUCCAGGUGCGCACCUCCAUCAUCGCCGGCGACAUCCCGUUGCUCCUUAGCAAAACUGUGUUGGGCAAGCUUGGGAUGGUUUAUGAUGUCCAGAACGGGAAGGCCGACUUCAAGGCGAUUAACUUGAUGAACUACGAGCUCACGAACACCUCGUCUGGACACCCGGCAAUACCGAUCGCUCCUGUCGAUGUCCACUCUGGCGGAACGCCAAACCUACAGGUUGAAGACCUUCGACUUCAGCAGGCUGAGCAAUACACGACCGUCUACGCAGUAGCACACCAUGGACCCCAAGCCCCGAAGUACUCCGGAAUCUUCUACGACAAGAAACUCGACCCGAGCACCCGAGACAUGUUGAGUCAGGACCGUUUGCAGCGCGACGUGUUUGUCACAUGGUGGGAGAAGUCGAAGUUUGAUCGUGAUUUUUGGUUAGAGACCCCUUACAUGUGGGUGAGAGUGCACAUUGUUCCUCGGAGGGCGGUGUUUAAUCCUUCUACCUGGCGUACGGGUUCAACAGUCCAGAGGGAUAUGCUGGUCUCUUCCAUUGGAGAUGUUCGCAUCACAGAGUGCGUCUGUUGCAAGACUGGUGGCUGGAUAGAGUCGACUGUAGACCGAUGGUUGCCAGGACAAAUCGAUCAGGUGUCUUUUCCGUCGCUUUGGGUCGGAAGAACAGUGUUCUACAAAGCACUAGUGCCGGUGAGCCGCAUGACCAAGGCGCAGUUGCUCCAGGAGGCGCUCAGAGUGGGAGCCACCGUUCAUCACACGUGGACGGUGGUGGAACUGAGGGCUACGAUCCGCGACCACAUCGACACCUUCCACGAGAAGACUUCAGGACAGAAGAUGAAAGGCCUCAGCUCGAUGAACCUACCGGACUUGAAGGAGAAGGCCCGCGAGAUGGGGGUGAUGGUCCCGGACAAGAUCACCAAAGGGAACCUACUUCGUCUCAUCAGGAGCACGUUGAGCACCGAGGGCGACAUGAUCAUGACGAUCGGACGGUGGAAGGGCAGUCUCUAUCGGGAGAUACCAGACUCCUACGGCAGCUGGGCGGCGGGAGGUGGCUCGUUCCCAGAACAGCUCACCCGAGCUGGCGAUGUUCGCCCGAUGGUGGCAAGCCCAGCAGCUCAACAAGUCGGCGACGGCCGAGAUCCUGGACGAGGACAGCGAGACGGAGCCCAAGGCGAGCACCCACAAGACCUCAACGCCAUCGAGGGGAUCGUGGGACGAGGUGAGCAUCGUGAACGACAAGACGCCGGACAAGGGCCAUCCGGUCCAUCGUGGGAAGGGGAACACAAAGGCAACGCCGAAGCGCCUCAACUGGGAGACGGAGGAGAAGGUCGAGAAGAUCAUGGAGGCGGAGCCGAGCCCCGAGGCGUUAGCGGAGAUUCAGGCCCUGGAAACCAGGCUCGCGGUGCUCAAGGACAAAGCAAGAAGCUCAAGGCAGUGAAAUUCGAUGUGGGGCCACCCGGCCCCACGUGUGGCAUCGGCUGCCAUCGGCAGCGAAAGUGGGAUGUUGGGUGCUGCGGUGAAGUAUGUGACGAAGACCGUAUAUCUGAGGUGCGGGGCUACUACAAUCAAGCCGUGAACUUCAGCACCACCCACGAGCCAAUGAGGAAUGACGGCGAUGCCCCCGGCCUCUCCUUUGCGAAGGCCCACGACAACAUGCACAACGAUCAUCGGGAUGGAGUUCGAAAUCCUUGUCCACUACGUUUCGGUGAUGAGUCUUUUUCAUGGGACGAUCACUCGCUCGAGGCCUGCCACAGACUCCUUGGAGCGGCGUUCACGCCCAGCAACUCGGCUUCGUUGAGGCCGAUUCAACGGAGAGAAGGGGGUGAAGAAGGCGAGCUCUACCUCACCGUCGGAAUGUACACCCAUGGCGGCGUGCACGGGAUCACUCGCGCAACCAAGGACAACGACGCCGUCGUCCGCUACCUCAACCACUUCGGGAGAAAGUAUCUCGGCGAGCAGGCUACGUGGUCGUCCAUAUCCAUCACAAAGAAUCUUACCUUUUCGGUUUACUGUGGGAAAAAAGCUGAAACUUUUUUAUGUGUUUUGGUAUAA